AUGAACACUACAACAUACAAUAAAACAAAUGGUAUUGCUUCCAUUCAGCCUGGAUCUAACUGGGAAAUGGUCUUUUCCUCGCUUGCUCAUCAUGGGGUGACUGCUGUGGGAGGUCGAGCCUCAGUUGUUGGCGUAGGUGGAUUUGUCACUGGUGGCGGUUACUCUUUUCAUACCAAUUCACACGGAUUUGCGUGUGACUCAGUCGCCAAUUUCGAAGUCGUGCUCGCCAACGGCACAAUAACAAACGCUAAUGCAAAAGAUAACGCCGAUCUCUGGAAAGCCCUGAAAGGUAGCUCCGGCAACCUAGGAUUUGUGACCCGAAUAGACCAGUUUAAUCUCAAUUUAGAUGUUGUUAACUCAACAGAUAUGUGGGGAGGUCUGGUCAGGUAUAAUCUUAGCCAAAGAGACAACGUCUUCAAUGCCUAUAUCGAUUUUGCCGACAACAUGGCGAAGGACCUUGCGAGCCAGAACAUUGUGGCAAUGUCUUGGGGUAGUCAGGGGUAUGGCCAUAGUGCCAUAUUAUCAAACAUAGAUGCCAAAGAAGCUCCUCCGGCUUUUGACAAGUACAUGGCGAUCCCUACAUCUUCAAGCACGCUUCGCCUCGGAGCCGUCGCAGAGAUAGUGCCGGAGUUCACUGGGCCAACCCCGCUUGGUCUUUAUGCCAACUGGAUUGUAGGCCAGUUCAGAAAUGAUUUUCGUAUGAUGGAUUUUAUCGACAAGAAGCUUCAGCAGUACGGUACGAUGAUGGAGGAAGCGGCACCAAAGGCAAAAUUUGAUGUCCUUGUCCAAUUGCAACCGUUCACCCAGUCAAUGGUGGCCCACGGUCUUAGGAAAGGCGGGAAUGUCCUGGGUCUCGAGCACGUGGUUGCUGAUGGGCCUACAACCAACUGGCUCAUCGUUCUGACCACUGAUACCCUCGAAACCCAGAAAAAGAUUCUUCCACUGGCGCUGCAAUACCGCAAGGACAUCAACGCACAUGCUAAGAAGCUUGGAGUCUACAAAGAAUGGACGUAUCUCAACUAUGCUUGGGCUGACCAGGAUCCGAUUGCUACUUAUGGAGAUGACAAUAUUGCGUUUCUCAAGCUUGUUGCAAUGAAAGUUGACCCCGACGGUGUUUUUCAGAAGCGGAGGAAAACAGGAUUUAAACUUCCAGUCUAA